CAAGCCUCCUGGCAAUCGCGAAGGACCGCAUAUAGGAAUACGUGGUACUCGCAGCAGAAGCGUAUCGACGCGAAGCUUGACGUGAUCAAUGCUGCCACCGUAGCGGAAAUCGCUCAAUUUCUUGACGACAGUGAGGAAUCUACGCGACCAGAAAAAAUUCCGACGGUUCUGGUUGUGGCUGGUGCAAACUCGGCAUUGACAUCCUCCAUCGUCACCCAAGUUUCUGUGCAACCUGGGUUCAAAGCGCGCCGGUCGAUGGUCUCAAUCUCAUCAAGUACGGGCACCAAUCUUAAGAACCUGCUCAAGACAAUCGUUCAGAAGGCUACUCUGAGGACCAUUGAUGAAGGCGAGGAUGACCUGGAAGAAGGAACGAUAUCCAGAAGAGGUACCAAGCUGCUCAAUUACGAUCUUCAAAUCCUUUGCGACUAUGUCGAGGAGCGCCAGUUGAAACAAAUCGUCAUUGCAUUCCAGGACACCGAAGCCUUCGACAAUGAUCUCCUCUCGGAGCUGAUCACGCUGUUGGCGUGUUGGCAAGAUCGAAUCCCCUUCGCCUUCUUGUUCAACAUUGCGACCUCAGUCGAAUUCCUGCAACAGAGACUGUCGAACGAAGCUGUUGGAUGUCUUAAUGGACGACUCUUCGAUGCUGCCGUAUCUAUCGACGAGACGGAACAGGUCUUCGACGCUCUUACCGCUGCAGACACGGCACUUUGGCUGGGACCGAACCUGAUGUCAUCAAUGCUCGACAGGCAGGGCGACUACAUCCAAGGCAUUGACAGUCUGAGAGACUCUGCUCAGUAUGCUUAUAUGAGUCAACACUUUGCCAAUGCCACCACGCUGUUCCUCGACUCCGAGCUCACAUUUGACGUUGUUCCAAGCGACCACUUUAAAGCACUCCGAAUAUUACCGUCAUUCCGUGGAUACGCAGAAGAGCUUCUCGAGCAACGAGAAGCCGGUCAGUUACGAUGCCUCUUGGAUUCCGACAUAGCCCUGUUCGACUUCACAAAGCAGAGUGUUGAGGUUGGUCGAACUAAGAUCGCGAAUGCUUUGAUGAUAUGCCAAGCCAUAAGGAACAUCCAGAAGCAUUUGCCGUACACACAAGUCUCCUCAAAGUCAGGCCUAUACAUCCAGAUGAUGUCGGCUAAGUUGGCUGGAUCACCCCUUCUGCGCUCGCUCUUGCUAUCCGUCAAGAAGCUACCUUCUGACACAGCUUUGAAAGUCAUGGCUGCAGUGAGAGAGAGUGCAUUGCCAAAGAGUCUUGACAAGGUAGUGCUCGCGUUAGAGACUGAGCUCGCGUCACUUGUCGGGAAUGACAAUGGAGCUCAACAGCAGCCUUUGCGGAGCGAAGAUGACGUGAAAAAUUCUACCUUACGCACAACAGUGGUCGCACAGAAAGUCGAGCUCAGCAAGCAAAAGUCUACACUUUCAAAGCAAGAUGCUGCAUACACGACACUUGUCCGUCGCUUCGCAGAUACACUGGAAUCCCAUUUCGCGGAGCUUCUCAUAAACCCCAGAGAACUACCUAUGAACGAAGUCUUCUUGUACGACUUCCGAUCACCCUACCGCGAAGUCUUCACACCCAGGCCUAGACACGCGGUCGAGCGCGCUCUAGCCGCACCACACGACUACCUGGAUUGCAAAUGCUGCGCACCAGGUGAAGGGGCCGAGGAAGCCACUCUAGCAGCAACACAGCCCGCGACUGCUGUCUUGUACCAAUUGUACCUCGAAUCCGGCAACAUUAUCAACGCAAGCGAUCUUUGGCAAGCAUUCGAGGCUGUCAUUGGCGACAGUGUGGAGGAUGAAGCGGCUGCGAUGGCUUUGUUCCAGCGCGCUUUGGCGGAAUUGAAGUAUCUUGGUCUGGUCAAAGCUACCCGGAAGAAGGCCGAUCAUGUCGCUAAGGUUGCUUGGCGAGGUCUGUAG